AUGUCGCACAUCGACUACGCCCUUUACGAGAGCCCCGUGGGCUAUGCCAUCUUCAAGGUGGUGCAUCAGCAGGAUGCGGUCGGAUUGAAGUUGAAGGAGACUCAGGCCGCCACCAACGAUCUCGCAAAGUUCGGCAAGAUGGUCCAGCUGACCAACUUCAGCCCUUUCAGGGGCCACGUCGAGGCUCUCGAGAACAUCAACCUCGUCACCGAGGGUAUCGUCUCUGACUACCUUAAGUCUGUCCUCGAACUCAACCUUCCCCAGACGAGCGGCAAGAAGACCAAGGUCGUCCUCGGUGUUUCCGAGAAGAACCUGGCUGGUGCGAUCAAGGCUCAGUUCCCCGGCCUCGAGUGCGAGACCGCCGAUACCUCUGACAUUGUCGGCGACGUGAUUCGCGGUAUCCGACUGCACGCCGACAAGCUUCUCGGCGGACUCAAGUACGGCGAUGUCGAGAAGGCCGGUCUGGGUAUGGGUCACGCCUACUCCCGCGCCAAGGUAAAGUUCAGCGUCACCCGCAACGACAACCACAUCAUCCAGGCCAGCGCGACCAUCGACUUCCAGGACAAGGGUGUCAACCAGUUCUACAUGCGCGUUCGCGAGUGGUACGGAUGGCACUUCCCUGAGCUCGUCAAGAUUGUCUCCGACAACUACACCUACUGCAAGCUCGUCCUCGCCAUUGGCGACAAGAAGAGCUUGAACGACGACAAGCUCCACGACAUUGCUGCCCUUGUUGAGGAGGACGGUGAGAAGGCCCAGGCCAUCAUCGACGCCGCCAAGGUCUCCAUGGGUCUCGACAUCGCCGAGGCUGAUUUCGAGGUCAUCAACAGCUUCGCCGAGGCCGUCGUCAAGCAGGCCGACAACCGCAAGUCCACCAACCUCUACCUUGAGAAGAAGAUGGGCGACAUCGCCCCCAACCUGCAGACCCUCAUUGGCACUCCUGUCGCCGCCCGCCUCAUCUCCCACGCUGGUUCUCUGACCAACCUCUCCAAGUACCCUGCCUCUACUCUCCAGAUUCUCGGUGCUGAGAAGGCUCUCUUCCGUGCUCUCAAGACCAAGAGCAACACCCCCAAGUACGGUCUCAUCUACCACAGCAGCUUCAUCGGCAAGGCCGGUGUCCGCAACAAGGGUCGCAUUUCUCGAUACCUUGCCAACAAGUGCAGUAUGGCCAGUCGUAUCGACAACUUCUCCGAGGAGCCCUCCACCCGAUUCGGUGAGGCUCUCAAGCAGCAGGUUGAGGACCGAUUAGAGUUCUACGCUACUGGCAAGAAGCCCGCCAAGAACGCUGACGUUAUGAAGGAUGUCAUGGACAUCAUGGACGGUGGUGACGAUGCUGGCUCCGACGCGGAGAUGGUCGACGCUCCCGUUGUUGAGAAGAAGUCCAAGAAGGAAAAGAAAGAGAAGAAGGACAAGAAGGAGAAGAAGCGCAAGCUAGAUGAGGAGGCCCCCGUUGAGAAGGAAGCCGACGGUGAGAAGAAAAAGAAGAAGAAGAGAAAGUCCAAGGCUGCGGAUGACGAGUAG